AACACUUUUUAAUACAGCAGAAGCUUGCUUCACUGUCACUCUGUUGUACUUAUAUGCUCCAUAUGAAACCCAAUGAUGGCAACUCAUUCCACCUAUACAUACACUUUUCUGUAUCUAUCAUAUCAUAUCCAUCAUCUCUCUCUCUCUCUACCACCACCUGCUCACUUCAUAUUUAUCCACUUCAUCACUAACAAUGAUCAUCAACAGUUAAUCACUUAAUCGUACGAAUAUUUUGCACAAUUUGUCAAUUUCAACAACAUAAUCAACUGAUUACGGUUAAUUAGCUUGAAAUGCUGAGGAUUUUCGUGGAAUUUGGAGCUGUAAUCCGGUGAAUUAGCUUCGAAUGCGAGUUGUUGUGUGAAUUAGGGUUUUUUCGAGUGUAAACCUAAUUGCGGCUUCAGGUUGAUUCUCUUCUUGUGCUGAAUCUCUGAUGCAUCAAUGGAGCUUCAAUUUCAAACUCUUACAAUGCUCAUUCUGCUAGUUACAUUCUUAUGGUCAAGAGUUGAUUCUCAAUCACUUCUCAAUGUUACCGAAACAAAAUCCGCUAGGGUUCUUGAUGCAGUCCUCCAAGACUAUGCGUAUCGCGCGUUUAUCACUCCAAAAACCGGUGUUUCCUUCAAUGGCAGCGUCCCUAAUAACCUUACCGGCAUUCAAAUCUCAGCAUUAAGACUCAGAAGCGGUAGCCUGUUUACUAGAGGUGUUCCAGUUUAUCAAGAAUUCAAGAUCCCAACCGGCGUUAUCGCGCAACCGUAUGUCGAACGACUUGUUUUAGUGUAUCAAAACUUCGGAAAUUGGUCCAGUUUUUACUACCCUUUACCUGGUUACAUCUAUCUAGCUCCUGUGUUAGGUCUUCUUGCUUACAACGGUUCAGAUUUAUCAGCAAGAAACCUUACCGAAUUGGAUAUUCGAGCUUCUGACAAACCCAUAUCAAUCGAGUUUGGGUCGGUCAAACCCGCACCCGAUGGGUCAAAGUCAAACCCGAUGUGUGUCUCUGUUGACCUGCACGGUCAAGUGAAUUUCACCAAUGUGGUAUCUGGGAACAAAUGUUUGACUUUCAAACAAGGGCAUUUCUCGAUCGUAGUAAAAUCGAAAUCAAAAGCAAACCCCCCUUCAUUAGUAACUCCUGCAACGUCUGAGAUCGUUAAACCGGACAAAGGUUUUAGAAUUAGUUCUAAGGUUUGGGUGUAUGUGAUCUAUGUAGUUGGUGGAUUUGUGGUGUUGGGGUGGGUAGUGUUGUUGGUAUUGUGGGUUCAAGGGUGCAAAAAGAGGAAAAUGAUGCAUAAAAUGGAACGGGCGGCAGAAGGCGGUGAACAGCUGCAUAUGACCAUGGUUGGUAGCAUGAAAGCACCGGUGGCUAUGGUGACAAGAACGCAGCCAACGCUUGAAACAGAGCAUGCUCCAUGAGGUCUUUUCGUUAGGUAUUCUUGAAAGUUGAAACUAGACGUGUUUUUUAUUCAUUCUUUGUAUAUGCUUUGCGGGUUCUUGUGUAAAUGAUAGUUUCUAACCUCACAUGACGAUUCGUCGUUGUGUGAAUUUUCGGUGUUGAGAUAGGAGAUGUUCAUUCAUGGUUAAUACUGAUGUCCUAUUGACAAGUAUUAUAAUGUUUUGCAUAGAUUA